GCAAAUGGAAGUAUAGGAUGGUCUUCCACAGAUGCGUUUUCUAAGGUAAUGGGUAAAGAGAAACAUGGUCGUGUGCGGGGUUUAGGAUUCGGGCCAACUCCUUCUAACCGAAGUGGCUCAAAAAAUAGCUGUUAUGGAGGGAUGAGGAUAACUAGUGAAGAAGAGAGGUUGAAAGAUGAUAAGAUACGUCGCUUGACAGAUAAAGUAUCAACCUUAGAAGAUAAGUUGGCAAUGGUUAUGCAGCAUAUUCAACUCCCUGCUAAUACUGAUUUACAGGAUAAAGAUGUGGCUAGUGGUUCCCCUCAUCAACAAUCUCCAUGGCAUCCCUUUGCUGCAAUUGAUGAAAUGGAAAACUGAAGUAAG